CAGGACCAGGACCAGACCCCUGACAGCACUCCUCAGGAGUUUGAGGAGGAGUUUGUGGAGGAGCAAAAUAAUGCUGCAGAUGUGCCCCAGUUGCGGCGUUACUUUGAAUACCAAGGGACAACCAACUUCUCUCUGAGGCUGGCCGCUAUCAGACGUGCUAUGGAGGCUCUGACAUCCUCAGACAGUACCUCCCUCAAUUACCUCACCCACGCUGGGAGGAUGGUGUUGAGUGGACUAUCCGAGCUCAACCAGCAGGAUGUGAGGCAGUUUCAGCAGGCCUACGACCUACUGGUGAACUUCAUUAAUGAGCCAGCAAACAGGGAGCGACUAGAGCAGGAGAUGGCUCUCGUAGGAAUCGACCGCAUCAACUUCGCAGAUGUUUUUUAUGAAUUCGUUCUACUAAGCCUUCUAGAAGGAAAGACAUCUCUUCCUAUAUCUGAGCCUGGUAGCUUCCUUUAUCUGCUCCUGCAAGUCAUAAUGAGGAUUGACCCUCCUGGAGGAGCCUGGACAGAGGCUGCUGAGAACUUCUACCUCCUCGUUAAGGACCAGAUGAAGGCAUGGCUACAAUCCAUCUUCAACCUCAAUGAGUCAAUCUAUGAAAGCCCAGAGAGGCUCUCGGGGGAGGUGAUGCGGAAUCUAGAAAUACAGGUUGAGUUCCUGCUGUCCAGCCUGGAUUAAGGUUCCCAAACUGAG